UCCAAAAAUCCCCAACUCUCACUCCCGCCGCGGAGGCAGAGCGACGGUGGUUCGAGGCGGCGGCAAGGCGCCACAGCCCGUCGCCGGCGGCCAUGGACAACUCAGACUUCAGAGUACGCCUCGGCAUGGAUAGAUAUCUUCGAUGCAGUCUUCCGUACGGCGGGCUCCCAAGCAAGGACUCCCCGCAGAUGGCCUUCUUCGACGCCGCCACCGAGGGCGACCUUCCCCGCCUCAGAGAGUUGGCGAUCGGCAGGGACGCGGAGGGGAAGGCCUGGCUUGCUGAUGUGUGUAUCCUCGGUGGGGGGCCGUUUCAGACGGCGGCACGCCUGGGGAAUCUGGAUGUCAUCAGGUGCCUGGUGGAAGAGUUAGGCUUUGACGUCAAUGCUGGUAGCCAAGAUGGCAUAACUGCUUUGGCUAAUGCUGCCAUGGAUGAAAGGAUAGAUGUUAUGAGGUACCUUCUGGACCAUGGGGCUGAUCCAAAUAAGCAAGACAAUUUAGGCUUUGUUCCUCUUCAAUGUGCUGCCAAAAAAGGACGCGAUGAAGCAGCGAAAUUGUUGCUAUCUAGAGGAGCUAGUGUUGAUAUAGCUCCUCAUGAUCUGACACCACUACAUUUCGCUGCUGGCUAUGGGAUGACUGGUGUCAUGAAAGUUCUAUUGGAGCACCAUGCAGAUCCGAACAAGGUCUCAGACGCUGGAAGAACUCCGCUGACUGAAACACUUUAUGCCACUCGUUCAGGACUACCUGAAUCUCUUUCACUGGAGUGUGUGAAGCUGCUUGUGGAGGCAGGCACGGAUGUAAAUUCUGCUAAUACUGAAAUACCGUUGGUAAUAGCAACUAGUUAUGGCUUAACUGACUGCGUCAAGUACCUGUUGAAGGCUGGUGCAGACCCUAAUAUCCCACAUAUUAAUUGUGGUGCCAUGCCAAUAGAACUUGCUGCAACCAUUGGAAAACGGCAGCUUGUGGAGUUACUAUUUCCUUUAACUUCUCCUAUUCGAACUGUACCAAACUGGACCGUUGAAGGAAUUAUUGCCCAUGCCAAAAGGCCUUCGAAGUCCACGGUUAAGCAUGAUAAAAAUACAAAAGUUCAGUUGAAAUCAUUUGGUGAGAAAGCUAUUAAGAGAAGGGACUAUCAUGGUGCGUCAUUAUUCUACACUGAGGCAAUUGAGCUAGAUCCUACCGAUGCGACACUGUAUUCAAAUAGGAGCUUGUGUCAUCUGCAGACUGCUGAAGCAGAGAAGGCUCUGCAUGAUGCCAACACUUGCAUCAAACUGCGCCCUGAAUGGAUCAAAGGUUACUACAGGAAAGGAGCCGCUCUCAUGUUGCUCGAGGACUACAAAGAAGCUUGUGCUGCAUUCAUGGCUGGCCUGCAGCUGGACCCUGGAAAUGCUGAGAUGGAGAAAGCGCUGCGGGAGGCGGUUCAGGAAAUGAAGAAGGAUCACUUGGCUAGGAAGGGCCUCAAGCGAUCCGACUAGAGGAAAACCGUGGAUCGCCCUGCCCCGUUCCGUGUAAAUAUUUAUCCCAGUGCUAGGAAACGUACCUAGGUCCCUUCUUUUGGGUACCGUAGCGUAGUGGUGGUAGUAAGAAGGCACUUGGUGAGUAGCACUAUGAGUCGAUUACUCUGGCUUGCCUGUCAAUGGAGGCGCUGAUGCAGAAUGCCGGUCGAGUAGUAAACCCUAGGUGUAGUGGAAGUGGACGUUUCCUUUCCUGCGUGCGGCGAAAGAGGACCACCAUGUUUGUCAUCUCAAUGGGCCUUGUUCCUUAGUUUGUGUGCUGUCUGUUGUGACCCGUUCGUCGGUAGAAGUUUCUGUUGUUGGGCGAACUGAUCCAUCGAGCUUCUCUGAGGGUGGUAGCUGCUCGCUGUGCUUUGCGGAAUCUUGGGAGCUUUGAAAGUGUCCUCAUGUAGAAUAAGAUGUCCUUUAUGCGGCCCCUUCCAGUUUUCAACACGGGUCGAUUUUCCUC